AUGGCCGCACACGUGACUGAAUAUGCAGAAAAUCCAUUAAAGUCAGCGAGAAGGGCAUUAGACUGGGAGAAGGAGAAGCAGAAGAAGAAGCAGCAGAAGAAGGAGAAGAAGAAGGAGAAGAAGCAGGAGAAUAAGAAGAAGAAGAAGAAGAAAAAGAAGGAGAAGCAGAAGCAGAAGAAGGAGGAGGAGAAGAAGAAGGAGAAGAAGCAGACGGAGGAGAAGAAGAAAAAGAAGAAGCAGAAGAAGAAAAAGCUGAAGAAGGAGAAGAAGAAGAAGCAGAAGAGGAAGAAGAAGAAGCAGAAGAUGAAGGAGCAGAAGAAGAAGGAGAAGAAGAUACAGAAGAAGCAGAAGAAGGAGAAGAAGAUACAGAAGAAGGAGGAGAAGAAGGAGAAAAAGGAGAAGCAGAAGAAGAAGCAGAAGAAGAAGCAGGAGGAGAAGAAAAAUAAGGAGAAGAAGAAGCAGAAGAGGUUGUUCCUCUACUCAUCCCACAGUGGAGAAAUCCGCGCUACAGCCGCGCUACAGCCGUGCUACAGCUGCGCCGCUGAUGUAGCCGUUCUGUGCUUCUCCAGAUGCACCUAG